AUGAAGGCUCUCCUUCUUCUGGGGCUUCUCCUUCUCUCUGUCAGUGUCCAAGGCAAGAAGUAUGACCAGUGUGAGUUGGCCAGAACUCUAAAAAGCAAGGGAAUGGAUGGCUACAAAGGCAUUAAACUGUCACAGUGGAUGUGUAUUGCCAAAUGGGAGAGCAAUUAUAACACAGGAGCUACGAACUACAAUCCUGGAGACAAAAGCACUGAUUAUGGGAUAUUUCAGAUCAAUAGCCGCUACUGGUGUGAUGAUGGCAAAACCCCAGGAGCAAAAAAUGCCUGUGGUGUGUCCUGCAAAGAUUUGUUGAAAGAUGACAUCGCUAAAGCUGUAGAGUGUGCAAAGAGGGUCGUCAGAGAUCCACAAGGCAUUAAAGCAUGGGUGGCAUGGAAAAAGCAUUGUCUAAACAAAGAUCUCUCUCAGUACGUUCGCGGAUGUGGAGUGUAA